UGCAGACCCCCCUCCUCCCUCCCAUGACCCUCUUUUGGUUCGGGACCCCCCAUCUGAGAAGCGCUGGUCUCCCCUGUGAAAUCUGUAUAGUAUAAGGUAAAAGUGCACAAAAGACCAGAUUUCCUUGUCUGUGAUGUGUUUUUCAUGGCCGUGAAUUUGGUAGGGCCCUACAUAUGACUGAAGGAAUUAUCCCCUUUUAUAGAGGCUUUCUCUGUUGAGUUGUCAUGUGAUGUGUAUUUACAUUUUCCCGGUGCCAAAAACUGAAGGACGAGUAAUGAAUCUCUUUGCUGGUGGGCUGCAGUGUCCCUAAUAAUCUCCUCGCUUACAAUGAGGAAUCCGAGCCCUAUAACAUCUUAUUACGUUCAAACAGAACCAUUGAUACCAGGGAGUCAGUUCAAUUUGGGUAGCAAUUAUCUCCCUGUUUCAUCCCAGCUCUAUGCAGGGGGAGGUACGGAUCCGGGUCGCUGUUUAGUCAGGGAGAGGAAGAUAGACAUUUUUCUUGUGGAAGUCUCAGUGAUUUGGGGGAGAGCGUGGCUGGAGGGGGUUGGCCCUAAUCUUAAUAGAGCUUUUGACGUGAGUAUCUCAAAGAGCUUUGCACGCAAUUGUGUGUCAGAGGUAGCUGAGUGGUGGGGUGCCUGUCUGAUAGAUGAGGUACAGAGAGAAGAAGUGACUUAGGGUAUGUCUACACUGCCAUUCAACCCCUGCGGCUGGCCUCUGUCAGCUGACUUGGGCUUGCGCUGCGGGGGGGUGUAAAAGUGGUGGAGAUAUUUGGGCUUGGACGGGAGCCCAAGCCCUGAGCCCAAACGUUUACACCACAAUUUUACAGCCCUGCGAGCUGGUGUGGGCCAGUGUUAUAGACACCCUCCGUGACAGAGCUGGGAGUAGGAGGCCCUGAUUCCCAAUUCUCUGCUUUAACCACUCAGUUGCACUGCCUCUCCAGCACAAACGGCUGGUCAGCAUGUCCCAGAGUAGGGCGGUAAAUGAUAUCCAUUUAGCUGGAACUUUGCUAAGUCAUCCUUCAGCUGUUUUCAUCUUUGACACAACAAUAAAAGGGGGGAAAAAAAUGUGAAUGCUAAACUUGUAAACCGGCUGGCUUGUAAAAUUCAAAUCAGUGUCUGGGGAUGCCUUCUCUCAGCUCUCCGGAACUUACCCGGCUGAUGAGGCAUUGCCGAAUUACCUCCUAAUGCCAUGUGUUUCCAGGAGCUCCAAGAAACUGGGUGAUGCUCGGUAUUUGCCUAAUGCUAGAGGUGCUUUUGAUGAUGGUUUUUACCUAGUGCUGGGAAUUGGCCGAGAGCUGUCUGCCUCCUGAGUUGAAGUUCUAAAUCGAAAGAAUUCAGAUGCCAAAACAACAGACUGGAGUUUUUUGCGUGUGCCGAUUUUAGAUGCAAAUGUCCCUGACCAAUUCAGAUGCUCUGCCAAAUAUAUCAGCCCUAGACUGGCUUCUCUGAAGGCACACACAGGAUGCAGCCGUUUCUGAUCUAGGAAAUGGUUGACGAUUUAAGGAGGUUUUUCCUUGUUGCAUUGGCUCUGUAGAUCUGCCCCUUUUUUGGUCAAUGCUCGGAGAGGAGAGCUCCGAGGAAAACCUACCAUUUCGCUUGGCAUCACUGGAACUUCUGCACGGUACUGCGUUGUUGGAGGUGGUGUAUUUCUUUUUCAUAGGAAGUAAAACCAAGGUUCUUUAUCACUUGCGGUCAAGCGUCCCACGACACUUGUUGGAAAAGCAGUGGGCAUUAAUUCAACUUCUGUCCAAACUUCAGAUUGAGUAAUUACUAUAUAAUCUUCCUGUCUAACACCACCAGGGGAAUUUAAUGGGAUGUGAGAAUCGUCUUUUCAUUUUGUAAACUAUUGUGUGCUGUGUACGUCCCACCCCAGAGGUGGCUGCAUUUCAGUGGUGGGUAUAGUUCCUGCAUGCUGAGUAUAUGGUUUGUAAAGUACUUUGGGGUAAGAAGUGACUUAUAAAUACAAAUGGGGAGCAAGCAAAACUCUUUGUAGUUACAGGCUGGAGAAUUGGUGGUAGAAAAAUCCAAAAUGUUUUUAUUUCUUUAUUUUACCCUUGGGCGGGUACCUGGUAUAAAAAGCAGAGUCAUCAAAUGGGGAUCUGGCAUCCCUAUACGCCUUGCUGUUGCUUCUACCCUGACGUGCUUUUCUGCGCAGCAGUAAGAAGCAGAUCUCACCCAGGUCUGACCUGGGUCUGGCAGGUGAAUGGGAGCAGGUGAUGUGAUGGACCCUAGGAGAAGUUCAGGUCACCUAAUGAUGUGAUUGCAAUUGGGCUGUUUUUUGCCAUAAUCUAGAUAUGCUGGUGCCUUCUCCAGCAUCUCGUCCAUUUCAGCCUUAAUCCAUAGUUAACAAAUCUGGGGUUUGUGGCCCUAGAGCCGCGGUCCCGUAGAUCCAAACAUGGCCGGGGUUUGUAAGGAGAAGAAACCACAAAAUGUACCUUUUGGGUUCAGUAAUAGCCCGUGUAGCAUUUUGCCUUUAGAUUCGCAAGUCGGUCUCGGGGGGGUGGCUGAAAGUCAUUCUCAUCUGACAUCUGUUCAGAUGACAUGGGGGUGAGUUUGGAUCCCUAGUAGGGAAGCGUUCACGUCACAAAAGCCACCACCACCCUAGGCACUAAUUGCCCCCUACUAAUGGCCUCAGCAGAGUGCCAAAGCCCAGCUUUCCUAGGGCUGGUUCCUCCAGAACGGGGGGCAUUCUGGGGUACCCACGAUAAAAAGGGGGGGUAAUGUAAUCAGGUGACUGUGGCAUGAGGAGUCAAGAAACAUGGAUUCUGUUCCUGGCUCACUGACCUUGGCCAAGUCACUUACCCUCUCUCUGUGUCUGUUACCCCAGCUGUGAAACCAAACUGAGGCAUACCCCCCCAUUGAGAUCCAUGGAUGGAACAGUUCUCUCAUUGCUAAGGAGGUACCAUUUAUCUGUUAAACAGAGCGCGUUUCAUCCUCCUACACUGUCAAUCCAGUGCUUGUCACCAGCUCUGAAUUGCCUUUUAAUAUUCGAAACCAUGUCAUUGGUUUCUAUUGACAUCCAGGAUCUUCCUCUCAAGAGCAUGCUUUUGUUUUGCAGGUCCACAUAAUUCAGAUGCUUUGAUGGCACUACGUUGCCAACAGCACAUUCCUUUUGGGAAGCGGUUGAAUUUUAAUAGCGACAUGGCAGAGGUGAAACGGGUUGCUACUAAGUAGGCAAACACCCUACUUUAGGAAUGCUUCAUUUCCUCCUGACUGCCAUCUUCCCACUGUUGGCUCUGGGCUGCGCUUCUCGAGGCCUCUGUAGAGUUUAGGGAGGAUCCGAGGCAGAAAGAGACCUGCUCAGGCUUGCCCUGUAAUGCUGCAGAAAUUGGUGUCAGCAGAGAUGGCUCAUGCUCCGAAUGGCCCAAGAGCUGCGUUUCUCUCAAGAGAUCGAGGGCUGCAGACAUCGAGUGGGAAGGGGGAACUAGGACGACUGUUCCCUUAAUAUAAAUGGAACAGACACGGACUUGCGUUGGGUGAGCUCUUCGUAGUGGGGGGCGUGCCCAGUUCUCCAGCUGGUGGUGAGGGAGGGAGGCAGUAAUGUUUGGGCUUUGGGCAGCAAACGGCUGAAUUUUAUUUUUAAUAGCAAUGUCAUUCUAAUAAUCCUCGGCAGCACUCCUGGUGCUGAUAGCAUGGCUGGACCUUGAGCAAUAGGACAUAAGUGGUGGCCUUGUGUGCCGCCUUGAGCACGUUGUGACAUCUGGGGGCAACCGGCAAGCACCUUCAGCUCUCCCAGGUGGUUAUUCCCAUGAAGCCUUGCUCCUUAAAACCAAGUGACAAUGGUGCCCUGAAGCCGUCCGUCCCGCUCAUCAAUGAGUGAGAUGAUUUAGCCCUAAACUGUUGUGUAACGUUGUUAUUAAACAGCGGAUGUGUUGGUGGCAGAGCUGGUGGUAUUUUGGCAGUGGUGAAGGAGCUCUGUACUUUAUAAAUCAAGUGCUUUGGGAUCUUCCGGAUGAAGGAUGCUUUGCAAGCAUGCAGUACUUUUACUGGCUAACCAACCACCUGUGACUUAUCUGCCUAUACCAUAUGGUUCAGAGCCCUCGUUAGCCAGUUAGAUUCCUCCUUUCAUCCAGCUAAACUUUAAGUGCAGGGCAAUAAGAGAAAAAAUUAAACGAACUCUUUUCCCAGGCAAACCUGGUCAUUAAACAGAACGAGGUCAACAGGUUUAACUUGGACCCUGGCAUGACAUGGGCAUGUCACUUGAAUUCACAGAAUUCCCAUAAACUGCUGCCUCCAAUGGCAACCAUUUUGGAAUCUGUCUUAAAUAAACCAAUUAAAAUUUGUGAGUCGUCCAGUCAUGUUUCUGCCUUUUUUAGAGAGUCAUUUGUCUGCAAGCCCUGAAAGAAGUUAAAAUGGCCUUUCUGCGUGACAAUAACUUCCCUGCGGUCACAAGUAACGGCUCAGAUUUCUGAGCUGGGAAGAGAGGUAUUUCUCUUCCACUUUGUACGUUCCAUAUCACUUUGUGUAUUGUCACUUGCCCUGGUUCCCCAGCAGCAGCCCGGCCUGUCUACAUGAAGAACAGUUCGGCUGGUACGGCUUUCCUGGCAAAAACCUUUCGUGUGGAGGCAGUUAGGUUGGUAUAAAAAUGUUUAUACCAGUAUAGCUAAUGCUGGUUUGGGUUCAACAGCAUAAACUGUACUGACAUAAACACAGGGAUACCAAUAUAACUGUGUCUACAUUAAGGCUUUUACCAGCAUAGCUAUGUUGAUUUAAAAAAAAAAAACAACCCAACCACCCCCCCAACUGCUAUGUCAGUAAAAAAAUUUAGUGUUGACCAGGCUUCAGUUAGUUUCCCGUGUCUGGCUCUUUUGAGGGAAGGGGUACUGCGUGACACUUUUUCCAAUUGACUAUAUUUGAAGUUGACGCUGUACCUCGAUACAGGUGCUACAAAUUAUGCUCCUGGAUAUAAUUUUGGAACUUCUGAAAUGCAGCCACCUCUGGGGUGAAAUGUAGCAUCUUUAUAACAGCACAUAGCAAUGCAAUCUGGGACAGUGAGUGUAGAAUGUUGUAUUCAACUGGAGAAAAAACUGCAUGGGAGAUUGAGGUCAGUUGCUGCCCUGUGGCUCAUUCAGUCCUUAACGUGGCAGUUGUGCCUAGCUGGAAAGCCCUCAGCACACCUGUCCAGUCCACCGCACUCAGACCCAUCAACUCAUUUCAUACGAGUCACUGAAAACCCCAUUGCUCCAUGAUGCCUUACAGUGGCUACUGACCUGGGAUGCUUUGCAACCUGUAAAGGUGCAAGUCUCCCUACCCCAUUACUAAUCCUCUGCCUGCUUUAAUAACCUUGCCAUUCAGAGUCCCUGAGUAAGGGAACCGCGUGUGUGAUUUCUGCCAGCUGUUCAGAAGAACGUAGCAAGCGGUAUGCAAGGUAAAAAGCCUUUGUGCUGUUGGCCGAAGUUUUAUAACCAAUGCUGCUGUGAGAGAGAAGCUGUUCGCUCAAGGAUAACGGAGGAUGCUCGCUGGCUGGGUGGGGGAGAUGUGCUAGGAAAUGUAUAUGUUUUUUAAACUCCUUCACGUUCUCAGCGGCUGCAAAUUUGAACCACAGCUCAACACAAAAGGCAUUUUGUCCAACUCGAAUAAGUUGUGAAGUGUAUCACUUUCCAUGCCAAGGCUGGGAAGUCUCAUGACCCAGCCACCAUUCCCGCACUAUGCUGUUGAUUGUCCCGGCUCCCAAGUUGUGUGGGAUUAACCCUUGCUUGGACGGUUGCCUCGUGCCCCAGCUAUGGCUGGGCAUGACAAACCCCAGCUGUGUGGGUGCUGCAGGCUGGCUGGCCAAAAGAUUAUCGCCCAAAGCUUCUAAAUGCUUUACCCAGCUCAAAUUCUCUCUAAAAGGGAAGGGAGACAGGACCUCCCUCCAGCAUCUAAUCUGGGGAAAUCUCUAAAUUUCAUUUUUAGGACCAGGCCAAAACACACUCGCUCAGCGGGAUAGCAGUCUGUCUUGCACGUUUGGCACUUCCUCUUUUCAAACACAGAAUUUUGCCCGUAGUCACCCACUUGUGGGCCCCCGUCAGUCAGCGGGGUUGCAUGAUUGUAAAUUAGGCCAAUUCCAUGUAUUUAGGUACUCUGUAGCAUUUGAACACCUUACCGUUGCUAAUAAACAUAUCCUUGCACAGCAGCCUGAGAGGAAGGGAAGGAAUUAUUUACCCCGGUUUUACAGAUGUGGGGGGAAUAUGAGGCACAGAGCAAUGAAGUGAUUUGCCCAAGGUCACCCAGGGAGUCUGUGGCAGAGCCAGGAAUUGAACCUACAUCUCCUGUGUCCCCAUUCAGGGCUUUAACCACAAAACCAUCUUUCCUCCUCCCUUAUCACUGCACUUCGUCUCAAAAACCCAUGAGCCCAGAAUCUAGGUCAAAUUUUGUGCUUAGUUUUAACCCCUGCAACCAUAUUUCAUCCCUUGCAGCUGGUGUCGGUUCCUUCCAGGCCAGGAAUAUUUCAAACUCUGUAAAGCGUCUGCAUUUUACAUGCCGUGAGACACCACAGCCCAGCUGAUCCGUGUUAGUGGCUACCUUCUAAUGGAUGUGAUUAAGGGCCUGCUCCAGCAGCUCCCAUCAGAGUGAAUGGAGGGACUCCCAAUUACUUCCUUGGAUGGGUGCACUUGCACCAUGCAACUCUGGGAUUUUAAAGCCGGUUCCUGCCUUGCUGCUGUUCAAAUCGAUAUGUUUCGUUAGGAUUGAGCCCUUAGUGAACGUCGUCCGCGGCGAGCGCUCUCAAGCGCCAAAAACUUCCAUCCAGGACCAAUUUUAUUUUGUCCCCCACUGACCCAUGUGGGUGUAACUCAGGACCUCAGGGCGAGGUUUGAGCUGUUCUUUGAGCUAUUGGAGUGAGAAAAAAGCCCUUGGUGUUGAAAAUGGCUGGUGGCGUGGACGGCCCCAUCGGGAUCCCGUUCCCCGAUCACAGCAGCGACAUCCUGAGUAGCCUGAAUGAACAGAGGAACAACGGGCUGCUGUGUGACGUGGUCAUCUUGGUGGACGGUCAGGAGUUCCCCACCCACCGCUCAGUCCUGGCGGCCUGCAGCCAAUACUUCAAGAAGCUCUUCACCUCAGGGUUAGUGGUGGACCAGCAAAACGUAUACGAGAUAGACUUUGUGAGCGUGGACGCCCUGUCGGCCCUGCUCGAUUUCGCGUACACCGCGACCCUGACCGUCAGCACUUCGAACGUCAACGAGAUCCUCAACGCCGCCAAACUGCUGGAGAUCCAGGCGGUAACGGAGGUUUGCACGGAUCUCCUCGACAGGAAGAUUCUGGCCAAAAAUGACCAGAUGGAUUUAGUAGAUCAAAUUGAUCAAAGGAACCAUCUCAGAGCAAAAGAGUACCUGGAGUUCUUCCAGAGCAACCCCAUCAACGGCCACCAAGGCAACUUUCCAUGGACCAACGAAGACUUGAGAGACCUUCAGAGACUGAACUUCCAAGGGCAAGAGGACGAGGAGGAGCCGGAUUGCAACGGCAUGGACUUCUACUCACAAGCCCCCCCAAACGAAAGACCAAAGGUGAACGACGGUGACCCUGACAGCAACCAUGCCAUGUGGCUGAAAAGAGAGGAAGAGGAGGCCCCGGGAGCCUUAUUCCCACCUUCCCAGAAUGGACAUUACAGUGGACACGGCCUGACGGCACAAGGAGAAGAGGAGGCAGCUCUGGACCAGCAGGAAGCCAGCAACUCUCCCAGCUUCGUUCCUGGGGGAGCGGAGGCGGAGGAGGCUGAGGCUCGAGAGGUGGACGGUCUGGCCGCCAGUGCCCUGCUGCAGCAGAUGAUCAGUUCCGUGGGACGGCAGCAGCUGGGUGAGGACGACCAGAAGGACGACGACGGGGUGAUGGAUUAUUACUUGAAAUACUUCAGCAGCUCUCACGAGAGCGACGUGUAUCCGUCCUGGUCCCAGAAGGCGGAGAAGAAGAUCAGGGCGAAAGCAUUCCAGAAGUGCCCCAUCUGUGACAAGGUGAUCCAGGGGGCUGGCAAGUUGCCCCGCCACAUCCGCACCCACACGGGCGAGAAACCCUACGAGUGCAACAUCUGCAAAGUCCGAUUCACCAGCUUGGAGAAUUGCACCGGGCUAGUCAAUCUGACGCAGGACAAGCUGAAAGUUCACAUGAGGAAGCACACAGGUGAAAAGCCUUACCUGUGCCAGCAAUGCGGGGCUGCUUUUGCUCACAACUACGACUUGAAGAACCACAUGCGUGUGCACACUGGCUUGCGGCCUUACCAGUGCGACAGCUGUUUCAAGACUUUCGUCCGAUCCGACCACUUGCACAGGCACCUUAAAAAAGAUGGGUGCAACGGCAUCCCAUCCAGAAGGGGGCGCAAGCCCCGGGUCAGAGAUGUGAGCGGCCUGCCCGCCCCCGCAGGGAACCCCGAAGACGGAAGCUUCGAAGCUGGUGGCGAGAGACAAGAAUCACAGGAGGACACCGAGCAGAAAAAUGGCCAGGAGCAGCACUUUGAAGAUAGUUCUAACAAUGAAGCACCAGGAAGAUUGAAUGUAGCGGAGGGGUCGUCAGAGGGUAAAACACAAGGACUCUCCUAAACCAAAAAAAAAAAAAAGUGUCACAAAAUCUAGUUAGUACUUUCCUCCGAUUUCUCUUUAAAAUAUUUCUCUCCCUUUUUAAAAGAUAUAUAUAUAUAUAUAUAUGUUUCCAAUCUUCCCACCAUAACCAGUCCCAUGGGGACACCUCGAAUAGCUAAGGACCUUUCGUUGGAAGGCCGAUGCUUAGGAAGUGUGAGAUCGGGAGGGUUGAAAGGUUGGUCUAGAACAUGGAAAGAAGCGUCCAUGCAAAUCCAAAGCUUUAUUUUGUGUCCAGACACACUUUAAAAAACGGCAGAGAUGCAUCUAUUUAAAAAAAACCAGAACAAUUCCAAGAGGUGAAUAGGUUCUUCCUGGACAGUCACUACAUUCCGUGCCUCCGUCUGACUGGAUGGGAAAGAAUUGAGUGCAGCUUUCUCUCCAUUGGAAAGUGAGAGCUUCUGAGGCCUGAGACGGUCUUUUGGUGAUCGGGGAUUUGAUUCUGCCGUAGGGAGUUCAGAUCCUUUCUGGCCUGAUGCUGAGCAAAGCUGGCUGAACUCGCCUGGUGCACAAUUUUUAUAAUGAUAAUUGGGUGGGGGGGGGAACUGAUGAUAUUUUACAUAUUCAUUUUUUAAGAAUGAUUGCUCCUGCCAUGUAGGUGGGCGAACAGAAUUUUGCAAGGCUGCUCCGAGCUGCCUAGAUGCCAGGUGAAACUGCGACUCUCCCCGGGAGGUUUAGAUUGGCGCUUCAUCCCCGACUGGGAGGCAGUUCAAUCCUGGCUCUGCCACAGAAUUGCUGGGUGACUUUGGGCCAAGUCGUUUUCCCUCUCCGGGGCGCAGCUCCCUCAGCUGGAAAAUGAGGCAAAUGCUGUUUUGUGUGAGGUUUGGGAAGUGCUUUGAGAUCUAGGGUGUGCACGUUGCGAUAAAGGUGCGAACUCCUUCUCGGCAGAUGAACUGGCCGGUUAGGGGUUACUACGUGAGGGUCUCUUGGACAAAAACGGCAGCCCUGUCUGCUCUGUGCAAAGAUCUUUGGGGCCCUUUUCCUGAGGAUGUUUGCAGAGCCCUUGGCCAACGUUCCCCCUCACCCACCCAUUGGGCAGCACAUGUUUAUGCCUCACUCUUGUCCUCCACCCCAGAGGUGGCUGCAUUUCCAUGAGUGCGGCAUAUAUAUAAUUUGUAAUGUGUUGUAGCAUUAAAGGCCCUGUUUUAGUAAGAUAGCCUUGUGGCUACCAAACUUCUCUCUCCCCAGCACACUGCAAACCCUGCAUCGGGCCGGAACCUGAGCAAUCGAGUCAAAUUCCAGGCAACCUCAGAUGGAAUGGGCUAGUUCUGUACUUUGAUGACUUACUGCCUGGUCCCGUGCUUGGCAAAUUGUGUCCCAAUAGGAGAGGAGUGGAAGGUAGGUUUUUGCUAGAUCGGACUGUUGCCUCCUGAAUCCGAACCUUGCCUUUCAAGACGCAGCAAUUAUUCAAUCCUCCCUGUUGAGUCAGACUCUCAGAUACUCCCCUUCCCCAGAGCUGAAGCUGGAGCCCCCCAUCUGGGAUAUGGCAGGAUUCUUCUUUAUCUUUGGGCCUGCUGGGAGUUAAUGAUCAGCAACUGACAAGAUGGGGCGUUCAGUCUUUUGCCACCCUGACAUGGAAUGGACAGCGGCCAUGUGACCAAGCGCUUAGCACUUGUUACAGCAACUUUCACCCCAAGAUCUCAAAGCACUUCAUUAGAUGGUUCUAUUAAGUAAAAGAAUCUCUCAGAGCAGGGUAACCCCCAAGAUUUUAGGAAUCAAAUGAGAGCACCCUAAAAGCAGGUAAAACUUGAGUUUUUUGGGGAUUUUUUUUAAAGGGUUAUUUAAGGUCUCCCUGAAAGGCUUUGGUGUUGGGGUUUGGAAUUUAUCUCCUCUGGGGACCUCAGGCUGGGUCAAUAAAUGCACAGGCUUCUGGGAGGGGUAGUUCUCCAUCAGACUGGCACCAAUGUAUUUACUGUCCUGCAGAGGCAAAGCGGAAUGUAUUUAUUUGAAUAGCGGGCACUGAAAGACUGGCCCGGGGGAUGUGCACAGAGCUAACGUGGUGGGGUGGAGGAGACGGGCACCGGGGCUGACCGCACCUCAAGUCCCGUUGUCCUUUCCUUGCUGUGGUUACUAGGAGAGCGCCCGAAGCUUCACCCAGCGCCCGGUUUCAGUCCCAAAAAGAUGCGGGCGUGACCUGUGUGUGAGAUGAUCAGAAUCGCAGGCCACUGACUCCUUGACGUGAAGGGGUUCAGGGCCUAAUGCUUGGUUACACCAAGGCCUUUACAAUCGCACAAAAAGACCUUGAAAGUGGCUUGUAAAUUACUCCCACUGUAAUGGGGGCUUCGGUCUGGUCCACACACAGGGUUUUGUACCAGUAUAACUGUUUCAGGUACGGGUGUGACUUUUGACUGAAAUAGUUAUACCAGUACAAUGCCUACUGUGGAUACAAUGAUACCAGUAUAAAGAUAUGAGAAGGGAAAUAAGCAACACUGGUAAAAGCCUCUUUCUACCAGUAAACUGCAUCCACAUGAGAGGGUUUGUACCCCUUUAACUCUUCCGGGACAGGUAAAGGGGUCCAGUGCCCUCAUGUGGACACUGAGGGUUGUUGGUGGUUGCUAGCCAGUCCCAGCCCUGUGAUCUGAAACAUCUUACAUGGGUCAGUCUCAAUCAAUCCCUAUUCCCCAGCUAUAUAGAGAGUCAAGAAUACAGAUAUAAAGUAAAUAUUGGUGUGUAUUACCCAGCUCCUCAGCUUAGCAGAGUCUAGAAAGGGCACCUUUCAGCCAUUCUCCUGUUUUUUAAAUGCACAGUUCAAAAUGAAAAGAGAUUCUAGUCCUUUUAUUUUGAAAGCACUUUUUAGAUUUUAUUUUAAUUUUAAAGUGAGAGCAGGUUUGGCCGAAUGUAAACUGGAGAGGGAGUGAGAGGGGAGUGUGUGAACUGGGGAAGGGAGGGGAGGGUGGGGGGUGUCGGGGAGAGAAAGAUGGAUGUUUAUUUAAUGCAGAAAAAGCAAUAAAAAUUUAAAAAAACCAUUAUUUAAAAAAAAACAUAAAAAAAAACAACCAAGAAGUCUUAGCACUUUGCGAUGGAACGGGUACUUCGAAAUCACUUUAUCUUAAUUUAAAAAG